UACCCCGGGAGUUACUCUCAUCACGCUCCUUCGACUUGACAACGCCGCAGUUUUGUUUCUUCCAACGAUUCGACACUUUUCCCCCCUUCACUAGCGCGUCAUCAUCUAAACAUUACCCUCGACCCUGACAAUACCUCCGGCUUUUUAACGACGUCGCUUUCGACAGCCUCGAACAGGGCCAGACCCUGCAACUCUGCUGUUUGAUAUUGCAGUCGAUUACGACUUACACGAAAACUCCCACGAAACUACGAAUACGCUCGGUAACGAACUACACAUCCCACACUGUCCUUUGUUCCGGCGCCCUGGCUCAGUUGUCGCUACCUCGUCGCCUUCCAUCCUUCUUCAUAUUUAUAGCUUCCAUGUGUGUGACGUCGCUCAGUCUUCGCACGAGCUCCAUUCUUCACAAUGGCCGCGGUCGAUGUUCUGGCGUUCACAGACAGUUGGACAAGAAACGCACAUGGCCUGCCGGUCUUCCAGUGUUUGUCAAGUGCGCCGGUUGAUCGCUCUUUGCAUCACCGACUGAGUCUCAUUGCCCGUGCCUGGGUUGUUCACAGGUUACAUGAAAAUGUCUCUUCUUCACCAUCACAUCGCAAAGUGGCCGAGAGGCCGCUAAUCAUACCAGAUCAUUCUCCACGAUGGUAUUGUCGUCUCCCUCGAUCUUGCGACUCUUCUGAUCCUACCGACACCACAAUGCCCCUGAAUGGGACCAGCCGUUAUGCCCAUAUGCGAACCCCAGCAUGGCUCAAUCCAUCCCCUCAACCAUCAUCAGAUGCUCAGAAAGAACGCCGCCGACCGAAUGAUGCGCUUCUUAACGAUCCUAAUUCCGACAUCCUCAUCGACUUCAACUCGAACCAAGGUUUCUACGAAGCGGCAAAGAAGAAGAAAGCAAAAGCACCUUCUGCUCCUCCACCACCGCCUCCGCCGCCUGCGGCUCCACCAGCAGACGAUGGUCAAAAGGAUGAUAAUACUGGAGGCGAUGGAGGAGCUAGCGGAGGAGACGCUGCAGGCGGCGCUGGCGAUGGAAAUGGUGGUGGCAACAGCAACUCGCCCCCGAAACCUCCCACAACUUUCGAGAAUAUCAAUCUUGGAGAUAAUAAACUAGAUCUUGGUUUAAGCCCACCGGAAAACAAGGGCAUUUCUAGUUCAUGGGGUGCGAAAUUGGGGUUUGGUGGUGGAGGAUGGGGAUGGGGCGGAGGAGGGAAAAGUGAAACGGCAUCAACACCAGCACCAGCACCAGCACCAGCACCGCCGCCGCCACCACCCCAAGAAACAAAAGCCGAAGAGAACCCAUGGGACAAACCUAAAGAUAAAAUAGGAGGAAUAGAAGAAGAUGACGAUAGUUGGGGCUUCGGUACCAAGAAGGAGAAGAAACAAGGAUCCACGCUCUGGGGCGCCGAACCUGACGAGGAACCAAAGGACGGAGACGAUCCUUGGGGUUGGAGUGGUCAAAAAAAGAAGGGCAAAGCUGGUGGCAUCCUAGAAGAACUUGCCCUCGAUUCCGAGCCUGCACCCCCCAACGGAAAGAAAGAUAUUUGGGAUACUUGGGGAAUAUCCAAAAAGGACCGGGCGAAGAAGAAGGGAAUCAUGGAGGAAGUUGCAUUGGCAGCUGCACCUGAUCCCCCUUCAAUGGAAGAUCAGUGGGGUGGCUGGUCUGGGAAAAAGGAACACACACAGAGCUCACUUUGGGGAGCUCAAGAUUCAAUACCCGCACCUGCCCCUGAUCCCCCUUCGUUUGAAGACAAGGAUGGUGACGACUUUUGGAGUACCUUCGGCACUGGAAAGGCAAAACCCCCGCCAGAGGAGACGAGUGGAUGGGGAUCAUGGGGUGUAGGAAAGAAAGAGCCGCCUAAGACAAAAGACGACGGUUGGGAUCUAUGGGGAACAGGUAAGAAAAAGAAGAAAGCUGGCGACUUGAUUCAAAUAGAGGAUGAUAUCCCUCCUCCCGCCCCCGAUCCCGUCGAGGCUGUUGGCACCGACGACUUCCUCGAUUCUUGGGGUUUUGGCAAGAAGCCCAAGAAGCCGGCCGCUGACCCGUUCGAUUUCAAAACUUCCGGCGCCGAUGAUCCUAACGAUGCUUUUUGGGGCUCAAUAGACAACAAGAAGCCUGAUGCACAUGAUUUUCUUAUCGAUGCUACUGGAGACCCAGAGCAAGCCGCCAGAGAAGCUGAAGAGCAAGCCGCUCGCGAAGCCGAGGAAGCCGAGGCCGCUCGAGAAGAUGAAGAGAUUGCCAGUCUCUUGGACAAGAAAGCGAAAAGAGGAGGACGGCUCCUUAAGUCAGAUCGAGAACGUCUUGCUCUUCUUGAAGGCAAUGCCACCAGGAGAGCUGAAGCUCGAGCUACUCGCGAGGCCGAGGCGGCAGCUGCCGCUGAGGCUGCACAGGCCGCCGCUGAUGCUCAAGCAGCAGCCGACGCCGAAGCUGCCGCUUUACAGGCCGCUGAAGACGCUGAAGCAGCAAAGGAGAACGAGGAAAUUGCGACACUAUUGGCGAAAAAGCAGAAACGCGGUGGAAAGUUGCUGAAAAAAGAUCAAGAGCGCCUUACUCUGCUUGAAGGGAAUGUCUCAAGAAGAGCCGAAGCUCAAGCCGCCCGGGAAGCUGAAGCCACGGCCGCUGCUCCAGUUGUUCCAGAGGCUUCUACUGAUGAACCUCUCUCUCAAGAGACAGAACAGGAUGGCCUUGCCACGCAAGCAGUUGCAGAAGCUGACACUGCACUCGCCACCGAAAUCGCGCAGGAAGCGGCGGAAAUAGAGAGCCUGAAAUCGAAGAAGGUGAAGAAGGGAAAGCUUCUUAAGAAAGAGCAAGAACGACUGAAUUUCCUGAUCGACAAUGUGGCGAAACGAGCCGAGGAACAAGCAGCUAAAGAAGCAGAAGAACAUGCAGCGAAAGAAGCGGCUGAUGCCCAGGCAGCAGCAGCAGCGGAAGCCGAAGCCGCUGCCCAAGCUGCUGCAGAUGUCGAGGCUGCAGCUCAAGCCGCUGUAGAUGCUGAAGCUGAAGUAGCUGCCAAGGAAGAGGAGGAAAUGGCAGUGCUGAAAGCUAAGAAAGCCAAAAAGGUCAAGCUAACUAAGAAUGAAACGACUCGAUUGAUGACCUUAGUUGGCAACUCAGUAAAGCGAGCUCAAGCAAAAUCUGCUAAAGAGGCCGAGGAAGCAGCCGCGGCGCAGGCUGCUAAGGAAGCUGAGGAGACUGCAGCUCGUGAAGCAGAUGCGAUGGCAGCUCGUGAAGCUGAAGCGACCGCAGCUCGUGAAGCGGAGGCUGCAAUUGCUGCCGAAGAAGAGAAAGAACUUGCAGAUCUCACCGCUAAGAAGAUCAAGCGAGGCGGUAAUCUUAUUAAGAAAAAAGACGUGGAGCGUUUUAAUGUCCUUACUCAAAGGGCUGCCGAACGAGCCGAACGAGCAGCCAAGCAAGCUGAAGAAGCUGCUGUUGUUGAAGCUGAAGGAGAACCUGCAGAAGCCGCCCUGGGAAACGCAGAAGUGGUGAUCGAAGCACAACCCGAGCCAGAGCCUGAGCAACCGCUUGUAGAUAUAGACGCUGCGUCUGCUGACCCCGAAUCUGUCACAGCUCCUGACGCAGCUAUUAUCGCAGAGGAAGAAGCAGAGUUAGCCAGUCUAGACGCAAAGAAGACAAGGAAAGGCAAGCUUGGCAAAAAGGAUACAGAGCGGUAUAAUAUCCUUACAGAAAAUGCUGCGCAACGACUAGCUGCUAAGGAAGCAGAAGAAGCUGCUGGUGCUGCCGAGGCUGAGGCUGCAAAGGAAGCCGAAGAAGCUGCAGCAACUGCAGCAGCCGCAGCCGCAGCCGCAGCCGAAGCAGAAGCCAUAACAGCAAGCGAAGCUGAAGCUAUCCUGAUUGCUGAUGAAGAGGCAGAGCUUGCUACUCUUGCUACUAAGAAGGCCAAAAGAGGGAAGCUUGUUAAAAGGGACGCCGACCGUUUUAAUAUUCUGACAGAAAAUGCUGCGCAACGACAAGCCGCCAAGGAAGCAGAAGAAGUAGCUGCAGCAGCUGCGUCAGCUGAGGCUGAGGAGCAGGCUGCAAAGGAAGCAGAAGCAGCUGCCGCAGCAGAAUCUGCUGCCGCCAUAGAAGCAGCCGAAGCAGAGGCGGUGGCAGCUCGUGAAGCAGAGGCCGCAGCUAUUGCCGAGGAAGAAGCCGAGCUGGCUGUAUUGGCUACUAAGAAAGCUAAGAAGGGUAAGCUUGCAAAGAAAGAUGCUGAUCGAUUUGCUGUUUUAUCAGAAAAUGCAGAAAGGCGAGCUCAAGAAGCAAUCCAGAUACUCGAGCAACCUGAAGAUCAUAUACUCGAGCAACCUGAAGAUCAUAUACUCGAACCCGAGACAGAAGUUAACGAACCUCCUCCCGAACCAGUCACAGAUGAGGUCUCUGCUGAAGCCGAUGACCCUGAUGCUAUUGCAGCUGCUGAAGCAGUAGCCGCUGCUAUUGCCGAUGAGGAAUCUGAACUUGCUGCUUUGGUUGCCAAGAAGGAGAGAAAGGGCAAGCUUGGGAAGAAAGAUACCGAUCGCUUUAACCUCCUUAUUGCCAAUAGCACAGCACGGGCAGAGAAAGCGGCUCAAGAAGAGGCAGCUGCUCAAGCCACUGUUGAGGCUGAAGUAGCCGCGCAAGCUGAAGCUGAGCAGGCAGCCGCAGCCGAAGCUGCUGCCCUCGAAGAGGCUGCGGCUAGAGAGGCUGCAGAAGCAGAAGCUACACUUAUUGCCGAAGAGGAGGAUGAGUUAGCUGGUCUGACUGCCAAGAAGAAUAGGAAGGGCAAACUUGGGAAAAAGGAUAGUGACCGGUUUGCCUACCUGACAGAGAAUGCAGCUCAACGAGCUGAGAAAGCUACUGCGCCAGAAGUCAUGGAAGAGGCUGUUCUACAAGUCGAAGACCCUGAUGAAAAUCCUGCUGAUGCUGAUGCUGAUGCUGAUGCUGAUGCUGAAGCAGCUGAGGCCGCUGCUAUUGAGGCUGAAGCAGCUGCUAUUGCUGCUACUAUUGCUGCCGAAGAGGAAGAAGAGCUUGCUGCCUUGAUUGCUAAGAAGGACAAAAAGGGCAAACUGGGUAAAAAGGAUAGUGAUCGAUUUGCCUUCCUUACUGAAAUCGCCACCCAAAGAGCCGAAAAGGCUGCACAUGAAGAAGCCGCCGAGGAAGACCAAGAAGCAGCUGCCGCCGAGUCUGAUGUCAAUGAUCACCCAGCCGAUAUCGAGGAGCCACUAUUCGAAAAUGCCCUAGAGCCACCAGUUGUUGAAGAGGAGACCCCCCCUGAAGAUGAUGAUGCUGAUGCAGCAGAGGCUAUGGCCCUACUUGCCGCUGAGGAACAAGAGAUGGCAGACUUAGAGGCGAAGAAGGCAAGGAAAGGCAAGCUGGGCAAGAGGGAUAUGGAACGAUAUACCCUCCUUACUGAAAAUGCUGCUAAGAGAGCUGAAGAGCAAGCAACCAAAGAAGCCGAGCUUGCUGCUGCUGCCGAGCUUGCUGCCAUUGAGUCUGCCGAAGCUGAGGCCGCUGAAGCUGAGGCCGCUGCUGCUGCUGAGGAGGCGGCAAGAGAUGCCGCUGAAAUUGAGGCUGCGGCAGCAAUUGCCCAAGAGGAAGAAGAGCUCGUUGCCCUAGAAGCAAAAAAGCAGAGAAAAGGAAAGCUGGGACGCAAAGAUACAGAUCGGUUUAACUAUCUCCUCUGCAACAAGGUUGCAAGGGAAGCCCAGGCUGCUGAGGAACAAGCUGCAAAAGAAGCCGAAGAGCAAGCAGCUGCUGAAGCUGAAGAAGCAGCAGCUGCUGAAGCUGCCGCCGCUGCCGAGGCUGAAGAGAUAGCUAAAAGAGAGGCUGCUGAAGCCGAAGCUGCAGCUGUUGCUGACGCCGAGGACGAAGAAAUGGCCACUUUAGCAGCCAAGAAGACCAAGAAGGGUAAACUAGGACGCAAGGAUACAGAGCGUUUUGAGCAGUUGACUUUGAAUGCCGUCAGACGAGCCGAGGAACAAGCGGCCCGUGAGGCUGAGGCUGCUGCUGAGGAAGCCCCGGCCGUAGAAGAGCUACUUGGCGAAGAAGACCCUGAGGAACCAGCACCGGAACCCGAAGAGACUGUCGAAGAAGCCCCUGAGGACCCGGUCCCCGAUAUUGACGACGACGCCGCCGCCGAGGCCGCCGCCAUUGCCGCAGAAGAAGAGGCAGAGCUCGCUUCACUUGAAGCUAAGAAGGCACGGAAGGGAAGACUUGGAAAUAAGGAUACCCAAAGGUUUACAUUUUUAACCGAAAAUAUUUCAAGACGCGCUGAAGAGCAGGCAGCAAAGGACGCCGCUGCUGCUGUUCAAGCUCUGGCCCAGGCUAUCCCAGAAGAUGUUGCUGAAGAAGAGGAUAUCACUGGUCAAGAAGAUGCUGAAGCUGCCGCUAUCAAAGCUGAAGCUGCCGCUAUCGAAGCUGAAGCUGCUGCUAUUGCUGCUACUAUUGCUGCUGAAGAAGAGGAGGAGCUUGCUGCCCUUGCUGCUAAAAAAGCGCGAAAGGGCAAACUUGGCAGAAAGGAUACAGAUCGCUUUGAUAUUCUAACACAAAAUGCAGCUAGACGCGCGGAAGAACAAACCAUUAAGGAAGCCGAACAUGAAGGUCAGGUAGAGGAAUUAAUACCUGAAGAGGUUGAGGACAUGGCUGAAGCGGAGCCCGAAGAGAACCCUAAUGCAGAAGAAGUAGCUGCCCAAGAAGCAGCCGAAGCCGAAGCCGAAGCCGAAGCCCGAGCUAUUGCUGCAGAGGAAGAGGCAGAACUUGCAGCGCUAAACAAGAAAAAAGCAAAGAAGGGGAGACUCGGUCGCUCCGACACUGAGCGGUUUAAUAUCCUUAUCGAUAAUGCUGCAAAGCGUGCCGAAGCUCAGGCAGCCAAGGAAGCAGAAGAGGCUUUAGGAGACGCACCCCAAGCUGAGGAGGAGGAAGAUGAUGAAUUUGUCGAUGCUGAAGAUGGCGAGGAGGACGAGUUAGCUGAGGAGCUAGAACCUGUAGCCGAUGAACUUGCUGAGCCUGAGCCUGAGCUUGAGGAAGAUGAAAGAGCUACAGCUGAAACCACGAUAGCUGAGACAGCAGCGCAAGCUGCCAUCAUCGCAGAAGAAGAGGCUGAGUUGGCUGCAUUGACGAAGAAGAGGCUCAAGAAAGGAAAACUGGGCCGCAAAGAUACAGAAAGAUUUCAAGCCCUGUCAGAAAAUUCUACCAAACGCGCUGAAGAAGCGGCAGCCCGAGAUACAGAUGACGCAGCUGCAGAAGUCGAAGCAGAGCUUGGUGAACCCGGACCCGAGCCUGAAUAUGAUGGCUUGAAGGAGGCUGAAGCAGCGAUAAUCGCCGAGGAAGAGGCAGAACUGGCAGCCUUGAUGAAAAAGAAAGCAAAGAAGGGGAAACUUGGUCGGAAGGAUACCGAGAGACUCAUCGCAUUGUCGGAAAAUGCUACCCGUCGCGAAGAGGAGCGAGCUGCUGCUGAGGCCGAGACCGAAGCCGUUCAGGAGGAGCCCGAAAUUGAAGGCGUGGAAGAGACUGAAGGAGAACACGGUGAAGAAGAAGGCGAAGAGCAGGAGCGGGAGCCUACUGAAGGACAAGACGAAGGAGCUGCAGCUCGAGAAGCUGAAGAGGCGGCUAUUGCGAGGGAAGAGGAAGACGAGCUCGAGGCCCUUAAAGCCAAGAAAGCAAGAAAGGGCAGAUUAGGCAGAAAGGAUACUGAACGCUUCGCCACCUUGGAGGAGAAUGCAGCAAGGCGUGCAGAAGAACGUGCUGCCGCUGAGGCUACUAAAGCCAACUCACCUGAGGAGGAAGAUGGUGAAGAGGAGGAAGAGGAGGAAGAGGAGGAAGAGGAGGAAGAGGAGGAAGAGGAGGAAGAGGAGGAAGAGGAGGAAGAGGAGGAAGAGGAGGAAGAGGAGGAAGAGGAGGAAGAGGAGGAAGAGGAGGAGGGGCCUGAGGCAGACGAUGAAGAUCAAGCUGCCGAAGAAGAGUUGGCAGUUCAAGAAGCAGAAGAGGCCGCAGCUCGGGAAGCAGAAGAGGCAGCUAUCGCUGAAGAGGAGUAUGAGCUCGAGGCCCUUCAAGCUAAGAAGUCAAGAAAGGGCAGACUAGGCAGAAAAGACACAGAGCGGCUUCAAGUCCUAGAAGGAAAUGUAGCGAAACGCGCCGAAGAACGCGCUGCUAAAGAGGCGGCAGCCGGCGAUGAAAAUCUAGAAGCCGAUGAUGCUGAGGAGGAGGAGGUCGAGGAGGACGACGAUAUUGAUAUUGGCGAAGAGGACAAGGGGGAAGAUGAUGCUAACGCUGAGGAGGCAGCAGCGGCAGCAGCUCGAGAAGCCGAAGAGGUAGCAGCUCGAGAGGCGGAAGAAGCCGCAGCUCGUGAGGUGGCCGCGAAAGAACUGGAGGAGCUUGAUUCCCUUCAGUUCAAGAAAGCAAGAAAAGGCAGCGUGCUAGAGAGCUUGCGGCCAAAGAAGACGCUGCCGCCGCAGCAGCAGCAGCAGAAGUUGAGGAGGAGGAUGUGGUUGAAUUCAGCAAUCCCCUUGAAGAAGAAAAGUCGGAGGUUGAAGUUGAGGAGGAGGAGGACGAUGAUGAGGAAAAAGCAGCCGACGCUGAAGACACUGCGGAUAAAGAACCGAGUGAAGUCGAAAAUGAAGCUGCUGUCGACGAGGACGAAGACGACGGGGACGAAGAAGAAGAACCCGAAGUACCGCCAAAGGACGAAGGACCUGAAGCUCCCGAAGCCCCUGCUGAUGAUGAAAUCGUCGAGGUCAUCGAUUUGUCGCCAAAGAAAGAAAGGAAGAGUAGGAAGAGCAAAUCCCGUCGCGAUGCUCCUCCUCCUCCUCCAGUUCCAGAUCCUCCACUGACGCCACCACCUGAGCCGAAGCAGUCUCGAAGGCCCAAAAUUCACCGCGAAGGAACCUCGUUUGGUCGGUGGGGCGCGACACCACAUGAAGAGAGGGACGAGUUACCUCAAGAGAAGUCGAGCAGACACAGACGGCGGGAGGAAAAGACAUCGUCUAAGGGUUCCUC